GCUGCUUGAUUGUAUGUGCUGGGGCUGUUGGAGUUCCCUGGUGAACCGCCUCUUGCUGUGAAGAUAACUCUGUGCACGCAGCCUGGCAUUUCUGUAUUUCCAUUGCAAGGAUCUUCGGGUGUUGUUAUUAAACAUUCCGUCAGAGUGUAAUGUAAAAACAACAUUUUCAAGUGAAAAUAGAAAAUGGCUUCAAGAGGAACAACAGAGACCAGUAAACUAAAACAAAACUUGGAGGAGCAAUUGGACAGAUUAAUGCAGCAACUUCAAGAUCUGGAAGAAUGCAGAGAGGAGCUGGAUGCAGAUGAGUACGAAGAGACCAAAAAAGAAACUCUUGAGCAGCUGAGUGAGUUCAAUGACUCCCUGAAGAAGAUUAUGUCUGGAGAUAUGACUUUGGUGGAUGAGCUCAGUGGCAUGCAACUGGCAAUACAAGCAGCCAUCAGCCAAGCAUUCAAAACUCCAGAAGUGAUUAGAAUGUUUGCAAAGAAGCAGCCGAGGCAAUUGAGGACAAGGCUGGCAGAGAUGGACAGAGACUUAAUGGUUGGGAAGUUGCCACGAGACCUGUACACCCAACAGAAACUGGAAAUCCUGACUGCCCUCAGAAAGCUUGGUGAGAAGCUCACUGGUGAUGAUGAGAUGUUCUUGUCAACAAAUGCUGGUACAGCCCUGAGCCAAUUUGAGAGAGUGUCCACUGACCUUGGGCAGUGCCCUCAUACAUUUUUCCCAGCUCCAGUCACUGAUCAGGACUGCACACGUGGAUUAUCUGAUCUCCUGUGGUUUCUAGAAGCAGGAAAUCCAGGAGCUGGCAGGAGGGGAAUGAACCGUGAGGGCGUCCCCGGAAAGAGUCCGGAGGAGAUGUACAUUCAGCAGAAAGUGAGAGUGCUGCUCAUGCUCAGGAAGAUGGGAUCCAACCUGACGGCCAGCGAGGAGGAGUUCCUGCGCACGUACGCGGGGGUGGUGAACAGCCAGCUGAGCCAGCUGCCCCAGCACUCCAUCGACCAGGGUGCUGAGGAUGUUGUGAUGGCAUUUUCCAGGUCAGAGACAGAAGACAGAAGGCAGUAACUACAGGACACCUGAACAACACAGAACUGGAGAGGACAGUGAGAUUCCUGAAGAUAGAGGAGGAUGGCUGAGCAUUAAUAAGUUCCUCUGCCCACCCUAAUUGUUCCUUGGUAUUCCUUCUCCUUUGUAAUGUUGUUUCCCUUUGCCCAACCCUCAGAGUGCAUCUCACAGCCAUCUAUUCCUGUCAGAUUUUGCAACUCAGCCGGGCUGUGUUCAUUAAGGACAAACCUAAAGGUGUGCUUUUGGUUGGCUCAAAGGGACAGGCUGUGCUUGGAUAAAGGAAGGUAAUUUUUCAAACUUGACCAAUGGAAACCUUUUAUCUCACGUUUUAUUUUAUAUUUUAAACAAAGUCUCUUGACAUCCUACUUCUAAAGAAGCUUUUCAUGCUGUGGUGCUUAUUUAGGUCAAACUUGUGAAUUUGAAGAGGGUUUGAUUUGGCUGCAUAGAACUGGAAGCAGCUUGUGAUUGGGUGACAAUGCAAAAGCUUUCCCUUCAGUUGGCUUGCAGGUAUUUUGCUGACUCCAACGUUUUCAUUGCAGGAAGCUGAUGUUUUGGUGCAUUGGUUAUUUCUUUAUACUUAUUGACUUGGGGGGGAAAGACAGACAAAUGUGCUUUGCAAUAUUUAUUACAUCUACACACAUAUAAACGCUUGCUUUUGGGGGGUUGUUUUGGUUUUUUGAUUGGCUUUGAAGUCAUGGUUUGAUUUCCUUUUGGCUGCAGUGUUUCUGAUGCAAUCAGUUUUUCCAUACUCAGCUGCUCCAUGGCCUGGAGCAAUUUUGGGAGCAUGUGUCAAAGCAGAUUUGGUUCAAGAAGUCCACCUGGCCAGGCUGGAGGCCGAGGAUGCCCAGCCCUGGUGGGCACGGGGGGCUGUGCCCGAGCCCUGGCACUCCUGGCUGCCCAGGGCUUCUCCCUGCUUCCCACAGAGGAGCUGGAGAUGUUCUGCAGGAAUUGCAGGAGUGAGAUCUAAGGCUGUGACAUAAAUUUGCCAAAUUUGUACAGAGAAUUUGUGAACUUGUUUAAAAUACUGCAGAGUUCCACUUUAACCCUUUGCUGCACAAGACUAGCUCUCACAUUAGGAACAAUUAAUGAUCAUUAACUUAAAUCCAGUUUGCACUGGGCUUUAAAAAACUGAAGUUUCUAGUCACUUGAAAAAUUGUACGUGGUUUCCCUCCUUGCAGCUGUUUGGUGAAAGGGAAAUUCUCUGGAUCCUAGGGUAGCAGCAUGCUCCUGAGGCACUGCUCCAGGAGCAGCAGUGCUGCUUUGGGCUGUCCAGCACUGAGUGUACAGGUGACACUCUCAGGUUCACUCUCUGCAGCUGCAGGGCCUUAAAACACACCCAGGCCUUGACAGACUGAGAAGCCUGCAGUGGAAUUCCCGGGGUGCACUGACUGUUCAGGAAUCUGCACAUAUCUCCAGCACUGCUGCCUAAAACCAAGCACUUCAUUUUCUCAUGUGUGCAGGUGGUUUUUACAAAACUUCUGGAUUUUGCUGUGGGUUGCACUGACUUCGAGAUGUUUCAGAAUCUAUUAAAGCUGAACUCAAUUUACCUGUUCCUGGUUCUUUUCCUAUGGUUGUUAAUUAUUUACAGUGACAAUUCUAGAAUCUAACUGUGACAACAUGACCAUUUUCAUGGCCAGAAAUUCUGCUGACAGGAUGCUGUUGUGGUCUCAAAAUGGGGCAAAAGCUGGAGAGAAGCCAUGGACUGUCUGCAAAAGGAAGAAUAGACUUGUGAGCACAAGGAAGAAAUUAUCUUGAGCAAAUAAAUACUGUGUAAUGAGAGUAACUGUACAUCUAUUUAUGAAAAAUGCUCCUUUUGAUUCAGUUGCAGCUUUGUAAAGUUCUAUGUGAAAGUAAAUCUUUUACCCCUUUUUGUUGGGGCCAGAUAAGAAAUUUCUUUGUUAAAAUAAACCAGGAAUGAGCCCAAA